GGAGAAGUGAUGCAUACAUGAAAAGAUGCAUAAAUUAGCCAUUUAGAGAUAAUAAAAAAAAAUGGAAGAAAGCUUUCUGUGUAUGUGUGUGUAUAACAUAGUGGCUAAGCAGCCCUUUUAAAACCUUCCAUUGCCUCAACUUUAAUUUUUUUUCUUCUUUUUUUUUCUCUUUCUAAACAAUAUGUCUCGUACUCCUGUAACUGUACCCUGUAAAUAUAAGACGGGUAGAGUCCUUGGUAAUGGUACUUAUGCAACAGUCAAAGAGGCUAUGCACAUCGAAACUGGUAAAUAUUAUGCAGUCAAGAUUAUCAAUAAAAAGUUGAUGGAAGGACGUGAACAUAUGAUCCGAAAUGAAAUCAAUAUCUUGAAGCGUAUUUCACAAGGAAAUAAGAAUAUCCUUAGUUUAGUUGACUAUUUUGAAACAUUAAAUAACUUGUACUUGGUCACCGAUCUAGCUUCUGGGGGUGAAUUAUUCGAUCGUAUUUGUGAAAAGGGUAGCUAUUUCGAAAAGGAUGCUGCUCAUAUCGUCAGAACUAUUUGCAGUGCUGUUGCUUACCUUCAUGACAAUGGUAUUGUUCAUCGCGACUUGAAGCCUGAAAACCUUUUAUUCCGUGAACGUGAUGAAAACUCUGAUUUGCUUAUUGCAGACUUUGGCUUAUCUCGUAUUAUUGAUACCGAUAAAUUCCAUACCUUAAAAACAACUUGUGGUACACCAGGAUAUAUGGCGCCAGAGAUAUUCAAAAAGACAGGACAUGGAAAACCUGUGGAUAUGUGGGCCAUUGGUGUCAUCGCUUACUUUUUAUUAUCUGGUUACACUCCAUUUGAAGGAGCCAAUAACAUUGAAGAGAUGAACGCUAUUCUCAACGCUGAUUACAACUUUGAUGAUCCAUGUUGGGAGGGCAUUAGCUCACAAGCCAAAGACUUUAUUGAACGUUGUCUAACGAUUGACCCUGACAAGCGUAUUACUGCACAUCAAGCUCUUGAACACGAAUGGCUCGCUGAAAAGGAAAUCAAGGAUGAAGAAUACAAAAAAAAGGAAGAUCUUUUACCCAACUUGCGUACCAACUUCAAUGCUCGUCGCACCUUCAAGAAAGCCAUCAACAUGGUUACCCUCUCCAAUCACUUUGGUCACUUGUCAAAACAUAGUAGUCAUAGUAACGCAUUAGAUCAAUUGAAGCCUGUGAACGAGGGUAUCGAUCAAGUCUUGGAAACGCCUGAAAAGGAAGGAGGUUUAUAAAAAAGUUCUAUACACAUUAAACAAUGGCUUUAAUAAAAAAAAGAAAAAUAGUGCUUAAAAAUUGCCUUUUAGUAGCUUUUUUAUGUCAAGUUCAAAUUUGACAUGUGGCUUCUCAGUCGGAAUAAACGGGAUUGCCAUGAUUAGUCCUAAAUCAGUAACAAACGAAGACUCUUGUAGUGCAAAGCCAACAAACUCUUUUAUUAUUUUGUAUAAAUCCAUCAUCAAAAUAUGACUCUUACACAUUCAAUGGACAGAAACAAUGAUAAUUUUGGGGAGAGGUAAUCAGGGUAAUUCUUGGAUCGCCCGCCUCCGCUGGUUUCCGACUUCAUUUACAAUACGGG